AUGUUGGUUCUGUUCUUCAUUAUUCCCUAUUUAUUUCUUGUUUCUGAAUCGUGCCUAGUGAUCCAAUCUGCAUCCUGUAAAUGUGUUGCUGCUCUAAUGGAUAAUGUAACUAUCAUGAAUGACUACCCAUUUUAUGAAGAUGCCAUACAGCAUCCCAUCCUAGCUCCCACUUUUCGGGUUGACGAGGUGGAUGGAUGCUCAGUUUAUUUUGGAUGCGAUGAGGGCUACGAUCUUGUAAUUCUUGAUCCAACUCUGAACCCAAUGGUGACAAAGUUUGGAGCGUACCCUGCUGAAGGUUUCUGUGAUCCGAGAACACAAAAGUGGAUGGUAGACGAUGGAAGUGGCUUGGGAUUCAAAGCUUUCUCUCAAAUGAACGGGAUCUGUGUUGAUUAUCGACCAAAAAACUGCUCAUGCGGUAGAUUUGAUCUACUCAGUGUUCCAGUUUACAAUGCUGGUGGAUUGAUGUUUGACAACGAAGCUCCAGUUCUUCAGCUAACUUUAAAAGAUGGUGUGUAUACUAAUUGUGUUAUGCAAGUGGGAUGUCCGAAGGAGGGAAGAAAAAAGUUUUUCUAUUUUAAACCAGGAACAUCUGGUGACUUGGAAGGAUAUGAAAUUCCCCUCUAUUUGUCUGGAAUGCCAGGCCACCCAGAUUAUAACUACGUCAAUGUGACAUGCAUGAAUGCCUUGUACCCGUAUCAAUACCUUGUCAAUGGUACGGAAUAUCAUAUCGGUCAGACGGUCUGUUCCACGGGUGUUGUGACAUUGUAA